AUGGAAAUCAAAGAUAUGAAGGAGUUCAAUUGGCCACCGCGGUUGAGGUCUCCCCCUGAGACCAGGGACAAGAACAAGUACUGUAACUACCAUCGUGACCAUGGGCAUACUACAAAGGAUUGCAUUACAUUGCAACGUGAGAUUGAAGCUUUGAUAAAAAGAGGUUUCCUAAAGGAGUAUAUCAGGCAUGACAAGCGUCCCAGGAAUGAUUGCAAUAAUGGAAACACCACAGAAUCUGGGAGAGCUCCCAACGACAUGAAAGAUAUCACAUUUGGAUCGAAGGACUCAAAAGACAUAUCAUACCCUCAUGACGAUGCCUUGGUCAUAUCUACCAUCAUCGCCAACUUUGAAGUAAGGAGGGUCUUGGUUGACAAUGGAAGUGCGGCCAAUGUGUUGUCCCAAGAGGCCUUCAUGAAGAUGGGUAUUUCUGUUAACCAGUUCAAGACAGUCAAAACAUUGCUCCAGGGAUUUGGGCGUGGGACAAUCAUCCUGGCAGGAAUCGUUGAUCUUCCCCUAACGUUGGGCUCAGGGCAAAAUCAGGUGACAGAAGUCACUCCCUUUCAUGUAGUCCAUGUUUCGAUGGCCUACAAUGCCAUCAUCGGGAGACCACUGCUCAAUAAAAUCAGGGCCAUUGUAUCCACCUUCCAUCUUGUUAUGAAGUUUCCAAUAAGUGACGAUAUAGGGAUCGUGCGUAGAGAUCAGAAAGCAGCAAAGCAGUGCUAUGUUACUUGUGUUCGGGGAAUGAGCACUGAUGUCAUGCAAGUAUCAACCCCUAAGUUCGAGCUCGAGAACCAGCAAAAAUUUGUCCCAGAAGAACUGAUAGAGGCCGAGGUCGAGCAUAGCGAAUAUUGA